UGAUGCAUUGUGGGAUUUUGAGAUACUGGAGAUCAGUGAUUGCAACAUUUUAUAGUAGUCGGUCUCUUUUUUUCAUAAUAACAGAAAGAAUAUUUUUAGCAAGUAAUUGACCCAUACAGCAGAUGCCAUGAACGCGUCAGUGGCCAAAAAGACACAAGAAACAUUGGGCAAAGUGAUAAAGAAGCCUCCUCUUACUGAAAAAUUACUCAGUAAGCCGCCUUUCCGAUACCUGCACGACAUAUUCAGUGAGGUAAUACGGACUACAGGCUUUAUGAAGGGUCUUUACUUGGAGGCAGAAAUGAAAUCAGACAAUGUGAAGGAGAAGGAGGCUAAGAUGGCGUUCCUGCAGAAGGCCAUAGACGUGGUGGCGCUGGUGAGCGGGGAGGCCCUGGCGGUGCGGCCCGCGCGGAUCGUGGCCGGGCACGAGCCCGAGAAGACCAACGAGCUGCUGCAGGCCAUCGGCAAGUGCUGCCUGAACAAGCUGUCCAGCGAGGAGGCGGUGAAGAGGGUGCUGGCGGGGGACCGGCCGGACCCGCGGGGGAAGCCCAGCACCUCCUCCAAGUCCCAGGACAAGGAGAACCGCGAGGGGAAGGAGCGGCAGCGGGACAGGGAGGAGAAGAAGGAGGCGAAGGAGCAGAGCGGGAGCAGGGAGGAGAAGGGCCCGGGCCCGCAGCGGGAGGAGGGCCGCCGCCCCCCCCCGGAGAAGGACCGCCACCGGGAGGGGGAGCGGCCCGACAAGGCACGCGACCGCGAGCGGGCGAAGGACCGCGACCGAGACGAGAAGAAGGACAAGGGCCGCGACGGGGAGAAGGACAAGAGCCGCGACAGAGAGAAGGACAAGCCCCGGGAGAAAGAGCGGGAGAAGGACAGAGAGAAGGACAGAGAGAAGGACAGGGAGAAGGCCCGGGAGCGGGAUCAGCACAGGGACCGCGACCGAGAGAAACGCAGGGACCCCGACAAAGACCGCGAGCGGGAGAAGGACAAGGGCAGAGAGCGCCACAAGGAGCCGGAGGAGAAGAGCAAGGAAGCGGAGAGAGCGGAGAAAAAGCCCAGGGCCCCGGAGGAGACGAGGAACCGCCAGCCGCCGGAGCAGCCGGUUAAGACCGUAAAAGCCGAGGCAGAAGAGCCUCCGUGCUCACCAGAGGCAGAGCCGGCAGACGUCUCUGAAUCCCAGUCAGGGAGCCCCGCCCGAAUACCGCGCCCCUCGUCCGCCAAGGGACAACGGAGACGACCCAAACACGGAGGCCAAGAUGAAACGGACAGUGAAGGAGAGGCUGACUCUCCCUCCACGGAGAAGCCAGCUCACCUGGAGAACGGAGACGCUACGGACUCCGCUCCUCCUCAGGUCGCCCCGAGCGCCAGGAGGAUACCCCGGCCGAGCAGCGCCCGCCCCGCCCCUCCCCGGGUCAGGAAGCAGGAGAGCCACACAGAGGCGCCCCCUGCUGAGAGGCUGGCCAGCUCCAAGCCGCCCGCGGCGGUGAUCGUGGACGGGAAGAAGCUCUCCGAGGACGAGGACGAGGACGAGCAGUUUGUGGUGGAGGACACCCACCCCCCUCCCAUGCCCGAAUUGGAGACGGAGAGCACAGAGGAGCUGCAGGGGGAGGAGAAGCACGGCGGGCUGGUGAAAAAAAUCCUGGAGACCAAGAAGAACUACGAAACGUCGCCGUCCUCGCCAAAAUCCAAAGACCAGGGGCGCUCGGCGGUGUCGGAGGCCUCUCAGCGGAAGGAGAGGGAGCUGGUGUCGCGGGAGAUGGACAGGCUGCGCUCCUCCAUCCAGACGGUGUGCCGCAGCGCGCUCCCCCUGGGGAAGAUCAUGGACUACAUCCAGGAGGACAUGGACUCCAUGCAGAACGAGCUGCAGACCUGGAGACGCGAGAACCAGGAGCACGCGCAGGCGCUGCUGCAGGAGCAGAGGGUGACGGACGCGGCGGUGGAGCCGCUGAAAGCCGAACUGAGCGAGCUGGAGCAGCUGAUCAGAGACCAGCAGGACAAGAUCUGCGCCGCCAAGUCCAGCAUCCUGAGGAACGAGGAGAAGAUCCAGAAAAUGCUCUCCAGCAUCAACUUCUCCUCCAGGACGUGAGAGCCGCGCCCACACAGACCGGAGCACUGACACGCGGAGCACCGACACGGAGCCCGCGGCCUGCUUCAGCUCCACCUCAGCUCUGAAUGAUGUGCAGGUACGCGGGUCUGAUGGACGCUCGGUGUCUGUGUCUGUGAAUGAAAGAGUGGCCUUCCACCUGAGAGCUCCUGGGCUGCUAUACCAAAUACAACCCCUGCUGAUGGCCCUCCCCG